CAGUAGCUUCCUGGAUACCAAUGUCUUGUAUUUAGUAAAUUAUUGAUGGCUUUCCUUCUAUGACUUUGGUUAGUGGUUAGGGGUUGUGUUUCAUAUCUCUUGUAUUCACACGCCAUGAAGGUUCUUAUUGCCGUUGACGAAAGCGACAUCGCGGAAAAGACGUUUGAAUGGUAUUUGAACCAAAUCCAUAAACCUGACAAUGAUAUAGUGGUCAGCCAUGCUGGGGAACCUCCGCAUUUGCCUACACUUAAGUUUAUGAGCGAAGGUGCGGUUUUCCCCAGUGACGAAAUAAAGAACAUUAUGACGCAGAGCAACAAAAAGUUGGAGGAAUUCAAAAAUAAAUAUUCCUUAAAAUGCGCCGAAAAAAAAGUAAAUAAAAUGCAAACUGGUGUUCCAACUUAGCGAUAAAUCGCCCGGCGAAACAAUUGUAAAAAUCGCAAAUGAGGAGGCGUGUGACGUAAUAGUGAUGGGGACGCGGGGACUCGGCGCAGUUCGCCGAACAAUCCUCGGUUCGGUCAGCGAUUACGUCAUCCAUCAUGCCAGGAUUCCCGUCAUCAUUUGCCCGAAGUAAAAAUAUGGGGAAUAUUGUUUAUUUAGUGUUUUAAAGUAAAAAUUGUUCUAAAGGUUUAAUUUAACUUAGUAUUUGUUGCUUUAAAGUAAUGUGUGUGUUUUGGUUCAGUAUAUGAAAAACGUAACAAACAAAAUCAAGUCCAACCAACAGGGUGUCAUUCGCCUAAAAUAACAUCAUCGGUUUCUUACACAAAUAUUAUCCAGCGUGUUUCAAAUUUUUAAAUGUUUCGUUUAAAUUGGUUGUUGUUGUUUUGAAACUGUAUAUUUGGUUUAUAAUGUAACAAAUAACAAAUUAAUAAACUUUAAACAUA